UGUGCACAUCUUACCAAUUCCAAAACACUUCUUCUAUCAUUAAACAAACAAACCCUUCAAAGAAAUAAGGUAACCUACCAAAUCCUUCUUUUAUUUAAACAAAAGUACACUAUUACGCAUAUGCCAAAAAAUAAAAAAAAAUCUACAGUCCGAAUUGGAACAACGAGAGGUUGAGAUCAAUCUCUUUUUCCAUCAUCUUCACUUACCCGGGCGUGUGGUCCGACCAAUCUGAAGAAGUUAAGUACAAGAAGAGCCAAAAAAGUCAACCAAAUCCUGAUAAAUAUCUUUUGGAACGAUUAUGUUUGGUGCUUUUGUAUGGACGAACAAGGUAAGACUUGAAUAAAGGACUCUCUGAAUUUGACUACUUCAACUUCUUUACAGAGUCCUCUGGAAUCUGACUGUGUCCCCACUAACUGCUAAAAAGUCGUCUCCUCCACCAUCAUUCAUCAGCACAACAAAUUUACCUUUAGUGGGUUCCAACUUCUCAGAUGAAACAGAGGACCAAGUGUGUCUUUGAAAUCAUUUUUCUAGAUCAAGUAGAAGUUAGAGAGACUUGGUAAGCAGAGUGAGAGACAAAACCAGCCUUGAACAAAUGGGAUGUCGGCCCAAGAAGAUAGAGGCGCAAACGAUACAUUGAUUGGCUCGUUGUUGAAGUCCAUCUCCGAGGUGAUCAGAUCUUUGGAGUUGUUACAAUCGCAAACAACAGGGAGCUUCCUCGAAACUGCAUGCUACUUCUAUCGAGUCUCGGUGGUGUUAAUGGAGAUACAGACAGGAGAGAGUUCCAUCACAUGUCCAACGGAUGUGGUUGAGUCACUAUCCGAGAGUAUAGAUGCAGCCAAGCAUCUCCUCGAGAUGUCUCAAGAAAGCAACAACGGACCAGAACCAAGCAUUGAGGCAGGCUUUGGAGGCGUUGUGAAGCAGAUUGGUGAAACUCUACAGUCCAUACCCGAAGCAAUAAUCGACGAGGAAGAGUAUAUAGGAGUGGUUGUCCAGACUCUUUCAAAUGAGAUGCAGAAUGCUAGCAUUGGAGGAGAUGGUAGUGAGAGUGAGAUCUUACAGAAGAUUUCUGAGAGGCGGCGGACAGAGGAACUGAUGUCAGAGCAAAUAGAGACGGAUCUCUACCCUAGUGAUCCUGAAGUUUCCUACGCAAGUUACCUGAGUGAAUCACAACCAGAUAUAAUACCAAGCCAGAGCACAUACGUUAGCAGCAGCCAGAGAACGUAUCAGAGUGAAUCACAACCACAGAUACCAGAUAUAAUACCAAGCCAGAGCACAUAUGUUAGCAGCAGCCAGAGAAAGUAUGAAACUCAGAGUGAAUCACAAUCACAGAUAAGCGAGAUAACAGAUAUACCAAGCCAGGGUACAUAUGUUAGCAGCAGGCAGAGAAAGUAUGGAACUCUCAGCGGAUCUUUGUCAAUGUUACCACAAGUGACACAGUUCAUGGAGCCACCGUACCAAGCAUUCAUCUGCCCGUUGACCAAAGAGAUAAUGGAAGAUCCAGUCACCACGGAGACAGGAGUAACCUGCGAGAGACAAGCAGUAACAGAAUGGUUCGAUGGAUUUAAAGACCAAGAUGAGAUUAGCUGCCCGGUUACGGGGCAGAAGUUGACGACAACCGGUUUAAGUCCCAAUCUCGUAUUGAAAACCAUCAUUGGAGAAUGGAAAGUGCGUAACGAGGCGGCGAGAAUCAAGGUGGCUCACGCAGCUUUGUCCUUAGGCGGUUCAGAGAGUAUGGUUAUCGAUGCGUUAAGGGAUCUUCAAAUGACCUGUGAAGGGAAAGAGUACAACAAGGUCAAAGUCCGUGAAGCUGGGAUCAUUCAGUUGCUUGAUAGAUACUUAACGUACAGAAGUAAAGAUGUGAGGUAUGAACUGCUACAAUUGUUAAAGACACUUGCAGACGAAGACACUGAUGAAGGAAAGGAAAUGAUUGUGAAUACGAUGAAUAUGUCAUGCGUAAUCAAAUUUUUGGUAAGCAGUCACCAGACUGUAAGACAUGCAGCGCUAGUGUUACUGCUUGAGCUUUCGAAAUCUCAACAUGCAUGUGAGAAGAUUGGGAAUGCUACAGGGGCGAUAUUGAUGUUAGUUACCUCAAAGUAUAACGAAGAGUCGGAUGCCUUUGCGUCUGAAACAGCAGACCAAAUCUUAAAAAAUCUAGAGAAGUUCCCUCACAAUAUCAAGCAGAUGGCAGAGAGUGGGCUCUUGGAACCUCUUCUCAUUCAUCUAGCAGAAGGGAGUGAAGAGACGCAGGUGAUGAUGGCUGCAUACCUUGUAGAAAUUGAUAUUGGACAUGAGAAGAAAAUCAAUGUAGCUGAGAAGGCUUGCCCUGCGCUCAUCAGGCUGGUGCAAAGCGAAAACAUGGAGGCAAGGAGAGCAGCUUUCAAAGCUCUUGCUCAUAUAUCACUGUAUCACCCCAACAAGCAAAUACUUGUAGAAGUAGGCAUCAUCAAGAUCAUGGUGGAAGAGAUGUUCACCAAGCGGAUGUUCAGUGAUCUGAUGAACUCCAGGAACGAAGCUGCUACAAUACUUGCAAACAUACUCGAAUCAGGGGUCGAACAUGAGACCUUUGAGGUGAACACCACAGGCCACACGUUAGGCUCGGAUUACUUUGUGUACAACAUCAUCCAAAUGCUCAAGAACUCAACCCCGGAUGAUCUGAACAUUGAUUUGAUCAGGAUUCUCAUAUCCUUGUCCAAAUCACCCAGAGCAAUGGCAACUAUUGUCUCAGUGAUCAAAGAAACCGAUGCGAGCUUCGCCAUGAUAGAACUCAUCAACAAUCCUCAUGAAGAACUGGGGGUUGGAGCCUUGAAGCUUCUCAUUGCACUCACACCCUUCAUCGGUCACACGCUAUCCGAGAGACUGUGUAAAACUAGAGGCCAGCCAGAGAAUCUCAUCCAGUGCCCAGCGGAAGCAAACCUGAUAACGGAGAGACAUGCUGUUUCAGCCAAGCUACUCGCUAAACUGCCUCACCAAAACCUGACUCUUAACCUAGCGCUUGUCAACGAGAGCAUAGUGUCUGAGAUCCUGCAUGCAAUCCAUCUGAUUCAGAGAAGUGGAACACGAACAAGCAGAUACGCAACUAAUUUUCUAGAAGGUCUAGUUGGCAUCUUAGUGAGAUUCACAACGACACUGUACGAGCCCCAGAUGAUGUACCUAGCCAAGAACCAUGAUUUGACAUCAGUGUUUGCUGAUUUGUUGAUGAAAACAUCAAGCGACGAAGUUCAAAGGUUAUCAGCGACUGGACUAGAACAUCUAUCAUCCACAACUAUGACUUUAUCAAGGCCACCACCACAAGUUAGGAACACGAAGUUCAUGGGAUCACUGAGUAUGCCUAGGUCCUUCUCACUACGUUCAUCUAAAAAGAAGCAGAUAGAGACCUGCGCAAUCCACAGAGGGGUAUGUUCUGCAAAAGCCACUUUCUGCUUGGUUGAAGCAAAUGCUGUCACAAAGCUUUUAGCAUGUCUGCAGAGUGAUAAAACAGAGGUAGUGGAGUCAGCAUUAUCAGCUAUAUGCACGCUAUUGGACGACAAGGUCGAUGUGGAGCAGAGUUUAAGCAUGCUGAGUGGAAUGAAUGCAGUAGAGCUUAUUCUAAAUGCAGUCAAAGAACACAAGAAAGAGUCACUACUGCAAAAAGCGUUUUGGAUGAUUGAUAAGUUCUUGAUUAGAGGUGGACAAAAGUAUGCGUUUGGCAUAUCACAAGACAGGAUGCUGUCAGGUAUGUUGGUUAGCGCCUUCCAUCGUGGAGAUGGUAACACAAGGCAGAUGGCAGAGAACAUCUUGAGGCGUUUGGACAAGAUGCCAAGUUUCUCUGUCUAUAUGACAGAAAAGAAUAAUGACAUGUGAAUCCCCCGUAGGGCCUCUGACUAUUAUAUGAUUUAUUCCUCUCUUUGUAUUCACUGUGCAUUAAGUUUUCAGUUUGAAUGUAAUUUUAUGUUAUGGUCACACACAAAUAACAGAGAUUUUUUAACUUCAA